UGACGUAGUUUUUAUGUAACAAACGGGUGUCAAUAGGAAAGUCCUCUGUGCUGCUGCUCUCAAGGACCGCAGCAACUAUAGAAAUGUACAGAUACACUAACAGCAAACCUCUUUAACCUUUUUUCAUUACUCUAAAAUGUCGAUUCAGUCGCACGCGGCGCUGGAGGCGUCGGAACGAAGCGCGUUCUUCAUCGGGGAGGACUGGGACGAGGUGGUACCUGAGGAGAAGGGCCACCAUGAACUCAUAUUACAGAAAGCAGAUGCCCUAGCAUCGGAGAACUGUCUCAAAGAGGCCAUACACUUAUUUUCUGUCGCUAUGCGCUACGGCCCAUUAAAGCCGGAACAGCUGAGCACUUUCGUGGACUGUAUUCUUCGCAAUUUUAAAAGGAAAUCUGAAUCCUGCCCGGAGCAGCGUCUGGACAAAGCGGACAGCUCCAGAGAUGACUUAUUUGAGUGUCCAAAUUGCCAUAAUUUCUUGGGAGAACCAGUGACUGCAGCCUGUGGACAUACCUACUGUAGAAGAUGUUUACAACGGCGCCUGUUAUGUAAAUGCAGGGUGUGUAAUGAAGCAGUGACAGGGGAGAAAGCCAAUAUACUGCUGUGUGGACUCGUAGAGAAAUGGUUUCCUGAGGAACAUAAAAUAUCCAGGACUGUAGGUGAAGUAGAUGCUCUUUGUAAAAAAAGACAAUAUGACGACGCCAUUUCGCUGGCCUCUGAGAUCAUAGACUCAGGUCAUCCAGAUUCAACAGCAGUGGCGCGUUUGUCUCGUGCAGAGGCUUUCAUGGCCAUGAAACAAUACAACCAGGCUCUGGAAGACACCGAGUUCUGCUCCAACUUCAGAUUCUCUGCAGAAGUGUUGUUCAGGAAAGCCAUGGUACUGAAUGAAAUGGGUCAGGUGGAUGAGUCUCUCCAAGUCUUCCUUCAGUGUUUGUCUAUAGACGAGGACUUCCCCAGUGCAAAGAGACAAGUGGAAAAGAUUUUGUGUGGUCUACUUUCCCCAACCGAGAAUGUUAAAGUUGGUCUGAGAGAAACAACGCAGAGCACUUCCCCUCGUCUCCGCAGUAAAACCCUGGUGUCUGACGCGCAAACAGAUCCACAGAGUCCGGUUCAAAGACAAGACUGCCAGCAUCAAGGACGCGCCACCUCUGCCCACCCCUCACUGGAGAGUCAGGAGAGACGCUUUGAAAGCUUAGAGAGACCUGGUUUGAGCCGUGCCCUCUCAUUACGAAUGCAUGGGUCUAUCAGCAGUGAUGAGGGCUUGAAGAGGGUCUGUUCUGCUCCACAACUGGGCGACCAGGAGAAAGGAAGCCUGUUGAAGAGGAAGUUGUCAGCGUCAGAGGCUGAGCAUUGUGUUUUGGCUAGUGGAAAUAACAAGCAUAAAAAAGGGGUCACAACCGACAGCCAUCGCACCAGCAAAACUAGAAUGUAUAGAAUUUUUCCUGAGGGUGGACUUAAUCUCAAUGAUGUGGAGUGCUCUCUUUGCAUGAGAUUAUUCUAUGAGCCUGUUACUACGCCCUGUGGACAUACGUUUUGUAAAAGCUGUCUUGAACGCUGCUUGGACCACAUGCCUCAAUGUCCCCUCUGUAAAGAGAGUUUGAAAGAGUAUCUAGCAUCUAGAAAUUACAUCGUGACUAAACUCUUGGACACAUUGAUUAAGCGGUAUUUAGGAAAUGAAUAUGAAGAGAGAGCUAAAGUGCAUCAAGAGGAAACCAGAGAGCUUUCAGAUUUGACAAAGAAUGUGCCUAUCUUUGUAUGUACCAUGGCUUACCCCACCGUGCCUUGCCCUCUACACGUUUUUGAGCCUCGAUAUCGCCUCAUGAUUCGCCGCUGCAUGGACACUGGUACGCGGCAGUUUGGGAUGUGUAUCAGUGAUCCAGAGAAAGGGUUUGUGGAUUAUGGCUGCAUGCUCAUUAUCAGAAGUGUCCAUUUUCUCCCCGAUGGACGGUCAGUGGUGGAUACGAUCGGUGGAAAGCGCUUUCAUGUGCUGUCGCGGGGAAUGAAGGACGGCUACAGCACUGCCAACAUCGAGCACUUAGAAGAUACUAAGGUGGAGGACAGUGGAGACCUGUAUAGACUACAAGAACUACACGAUGCCGUUUAUGAGCAGGCCUGUGUGUGGUUUCAAAACCUCAAAACUCGCUUCCGUAACCAGAUCUUACAACAUUUUGGGGCAAUGCCAGAACAAGAAGCAAACAUUCAGGCGACUACAAAUGGUCCGGCCUGGUGUUGGUGGCUUCUUGCUGUGCUUCCCAUUGACCCUCCGUACCAGCUCUCAGUCCUGUCUUUGACCAGCCUUCGAGACCGCCUCGUAAAGAUCCAGCACAUUCUGACAUAUUUACAAAGUAUUCAAACCAACUAGACCUUUCCAGAAGUUCAUUUAAGGUCACACAUCAUUUUAUUUUAUUUUAUUUUUUAAAUACCAGGACAAUGUCAUUAUAGGCCUGUCAUGAUAACACAUUUUGAAGGACAACAUUUUGCUACAGAGAUAUACUGCAAUAAUGAUAAGAUUGAAACCACUACUACUUCAUACCAUUGAUGCAAUAACAAUCAUGCAAAAUAAUCAUUCUAAACCAUUUCUAAAUAGACAGAAGCAUUAAAAGACAUAAGCAGCAACAAAUAAAUAACAGAAUGAAUUAAUAAUGGAAGUUACUUUUUCAACCCUCAACAGCUCAAAUCUUAUCAAUUACUACAAAAGUCUCCCAAAAACAUUGUGAAAGCUUUCAUAUAUUGAAGCAUAAGUUGAUAUAGUAAUUAUGGUGACAGGCCUAUGUCAUUAUCACUUUAGUUUGUUUUGAAGCUUCCUGGAAUGAGAAUAAAUAAAUGAGGAUUGAAUUAUGAUCACUGUUAUAUUAAGGAUAAGGCUGAACACCUCAGGGAUUCUUCCAUUGAUUCGAUUGUGUAAUAACAUCUGCCCUUAGCCUUACCCUUUUAACUGAUAGCAUGGUUCAUUUGAAGUAAACUGGAUCAAAUACAUAAAAGGCUUCCCUUAAGCAGUGUUAAACCACGGGUUAAGAAACAUAAGCUCUAAUAAAGACUAGUGGCCAAUACAGGAUGAUGUUGAAGUCUUUAAAAAACUGGAUCCUAAUGCUGGUACAGAACCUAUUGCUGACUUAAAUGUAAGACUUUGUUCAUUUACAUCACUGCCGAGAAAACGUGUUAGAAAACUUCAAAUUAUUGUUUCUUCCUAAGGAGAAUAGAAUGUUUCUCUGUCUUUUUUGUUUUGCUUGGUUACACUAAUCUAAAAACUAUCAUUUAACCAUAGACUGUAUAUAUAAAUGGACAUAACUAACCUGCUUGCCACGUUCCACAUAGGAAGUGAGCAUGGGAGCGCUUCUGGCUUCAUCGACUCUGGCUACAAUUAACUUUACAUUGAAAAAUCGUCACCCCUCUCUCUCUAACUGCUGCAAUGAGCCUCGUCGUUUUGGUUUUAAAAUGGUCGUAUUAACCCGCUCUACAUGAUCCUGGUGUUUUUAUUUUGUUAUUCAUGUUUUUAUAUUUAUUCUUCCUUAAUAAAUUUGGAACUCUACUCCAAAUUCACUCCUAUAACUGAGAAUCUCGUGAGUCACAGUCCCUUAGUCCACUUCUUUAUACAGUCUAUGAAUUUAAGAUGCAAAUCCAGAAAUGUAAUGGUCAACAUUUUCACUCUCUUUCAAAUAACGAUACAGAAAUCUUCCAAAACACAUGGGUUAGUAACAUUUUAUUCUUGUUCUGCUGUGAGAAUGUUUGAGGUUAUAGAUUCUCAUCACAACACGAGAAUGUACGAUAAAUUAAUCAAAAUUAUUUAAAUAGUACUUGUACAUUCUCAGUGAGUUGUGGAGAAUCCUAAUGGGUGUUUGCAAUAUUGAGACAAAUCGCGUACGUGAGGAGAAGUUCGCCGUGUUUUCCAUUCAAAGCUGCUCUUUUGCUGCAUGGAGGGGAAAUAUGCAGAGCUUUAGUCAAGGGACUGUGAUUGCCUUACAUCAUUGUGAAUUUAAAACAAUGUGUCUGCUUGGUUACCAUUCCUUUUUGCUAUAGUAUGAAGACACAUUGCAUUGUUUCUGUUUAAGUUUAUAAUGUAAAAACAAGUCGAACGCUAUCAGUGUAAAUCAUUUGUACCAUUUUUGUUUAAGUUAACAAUUGUAUUAUAUAAGAAUAAAUGCACAUUUUCAACUUAACAA